UGGAAUGCUUACACGUAAGCAAGCAUACAGGAUGGUGAAGCAUUAGGGUCGACAGUGGCUGAUACUAUGAAUCAGUUAUUUCUGGGGAGCUCAUGAACAGCAUAGCUUAUGCUUUCGCUCCGGCUGUGCUGGUCACUCCCCUUGGGGCUCUGAGUGUUCUGAUAUGGACUGUGAUGGGUGCAUAUUUCUUGCAUGAAGAAGUUCGGACUUUGGGAAGGCUUGGCUGCGCAACAUGCCUCUUGGGCUCCAUUAUGCUCGUAUUGCAUGCUCCCCCAGACGAGGACAUCCAGACGAUUGAUGAGAUCCUCAACUUGGCUAUCCAGCCAUUGUUCCUACUUUACUGCUCUCUCGUCACUGGCUUUUCCACGUACAUGAUCUAUGUGGUUGCUCCAAAGUCGGGCAGGACGAACCCACUUGUCUAUAUCUCGAUCUGUUCCUCAGUUGGGUCUAUAUCAGUCAUGGCGGUAAAAGCCUUUUCGAUUGCUGCCAAGCUCACAGUUGGAGGAGAGAAUCAAUUCUCGCGUCCUUCCACUUACGCCUUCUUGAUCACUCUUGUUGUGUCUACCUUGACGCAAAUGAAUUAUCUCAAUAAGACAGUGGAUGAGUUUCCAGCAUCACUUAUCAAUGCUAUGUACUAUGUUGUGUUCACAACCUGUACUCUCUCCGCAUCUUUCAUUCUCUACGGCGGCUUCAACACAACAGAAGUCAUCACCACGCUCUCUCGUCUGCGGGUUCCUUCUCAACUUCGGCAUAGCAUUGCUGACACUAUCGAAAACGGAUGAUCAGGCAGGCGACUAUACUCUCGGAGAUAGCAAUAUUGGAAUUACCAACGCCCCUGCGAGCCCGAUCGAAAUGCAGAGUUCAGGAUACGUUCUUGUCUCUACCACGAGGAUACUCGAGACCAGUCGAGAAAGUGAGGAUGGCUACAGGAAC